UUACGCCGAGAGAAAACACCUUUUGAAAAGCAUUUGUGAACCGCUAGUUAUAUGCGUUUAAUGUAUUUUAAAUCGAAUAUAAACACAAUCACUCUCUUGAAUUAUUUUCCAGCUAGCAAUACAAAAAGCCUUAUGGUCACUCGUCAGUCAACUCUUGAUCAGUUCAACCAAGCCAUACAAAUCAGAUCCUACCCGCCCGAAGUUCAUCUCAUGGCUGCUAAAUCUUCCUCCAAAUUCGACGUGUUUCUCAGUUUCCGAGGCAAAGACACGCGUAAUACCUUCGUAUGCUAUCUCAAAGAUUUUCUUAAACGGAAAGGGAUCGACGCGUUCAUCGAUGAGGAACUCCGACGUGGCGCCAACAUCUCACUGCUUCUCGAAAGGAUUGAACAGUCAAAGAUCUCGAUCGUCAUUUUCUCGGAGAAUUACGCGGAUUCCAGGUGGUGCUUAGAGGAACUGGAGAAGAUCAUGGACUGCAAGAAGACCUUCGAUCAGGUAGUUUUACCAGUCUUCUACAAAGUUCGGGCCUCGGACGUGAGUUGUCAGACUGGGAAAUUCGGAGCUCCGUUCGACAAACCCGAAGAGAGUUUCCGGAAGUAUGAACAUCGAAUCCCGGCAUGGAGAAAAGCCCUGAGUGAUGCAUCUGAAAUCUCCGGCUAUGUUCUUGAAGAGGACAGAACUGAGCUCGAGUUUGUUGACAAUAUUGCCAAAGAGACGUCCAGGUUGCUAAACAAGUUAUCUCCAUCCGAAUUUCCUGGUCCAGGGAUUGAAUCGCGUACCAUGGAACUGGAAAAUUUAAUGUGUUUUGAAGAGACGAGAUGUGUUCGUAUCGUUGGGGUUCUUGGGAUGGCUGGGAUUGGAAAGACAACUGUUUCAAAUUGUGUGUAUGAGCGAAACUUGGAUGGUUUCGAUGGUUGCUGUUUUCUUUCAAAUGUUCAAGACGAGUUAAAACUACAAACAAUAGAUCAGUUGCAGCAGAAACUCCUGCGUAAGCUAUUAGAUGACGAAAAGCUUGAAGUUGGAGCUUCUGUAGGAACACACAAAGUCUUAAAGGAUCGUCUUCGGAACAAGAAGCUGUUUAUUGUGCUCGACAACGUGACCAAUGAAAAACAAAUAAGCCUUCUACUUGGGGAAGCGGGAAAAGAACUGUACCGACAAGGAACUCGGAUCAUUAUAACAACAAGGGACAAGAAACUGCUAGACAAGGUUGUGGAUGGGACAUAUGUGGUUCCGAGAUUGAACGGAAGAGAAGCUCUGGAGCUUUUCUGCUCGAAAGCAUUUUCUACUAAUCCCGACAACAUGGCAGAGUACAUGGAUCUAUCAAACAAGUUUGUGGAUUAUUCUAUAGGGCUUCCACUAGCUCUGUGCUUGUUAGGUUCUGAUCUUCGUAGGAAAGAUAUCCAAUAUUGGACGAAGAAACUGGAGGGACUAGAGAAUCAGCUAGACAAGAAUAUCCAAAAAGAACUGAACACUAGUUAUGAGGAACUAUCCGAUGAAGAGAAGAGCAUAUUUCUUGAUGUGGCGUGUUUCUUUUAUUCGGAGAAGUUUGAUUCUGUUUCGAGGAUUCUGAGCACUUACCGUGAUGAUGAGUCUAAUGUGAUAAAUGAUCUUGUUGAUAAGUGUUUGGUGACCAUUUCUGAUAAUCGGCUUGAGAUGCAUGACCUACUGCUGAAAAUGGGAAAGGUUAUUGGUUAUGAAUCAUCCAUCAAUGAGGUGGGUAAGCGUGGUCGGUUACGGAACCCAAAAGAUAUUUGCCGCAUCUUAAAAAAUAAAAACAAGGGCACCAAGAAAACUAGAGGCAUCUUCUUAGAUAUGUCUAAUGUUAAAAGAAUGGAGCUACCUUCUGAUAUUUUCACGAAGAUGUUGAAUCUCAAGUUCCUCAAAUUCUACAAUUGUUCCGAAUGGUGUGAGAAGGAUUGCAGAUUACAACUUCCUGGUGGGCUUGAUUACUUUCCAGAUGAGCUGGUGUAUCUCCACUGGCAAGGGUACCCUCUGGAUUAUCUUCCAAUGAACUUCGACCCGGAAAAGCUGGUUGUUCUUAAUCUGCGUUAUAGCAACAUUGAGCAGUUGUGGAAAGAAGAGAAGGACACAGGAGAGUUGAGGUGGGUCGAUCUCAGUUAUUCAAAAGAGUUGCUGAAUCUAUCUGGCUUGUCGAAAGCUAAAAAACUCGAGAGGCUGGAUCUUGAAUGCUGUGAAAGUUUAGCCGAGUGUUCAUCGAUCCAGGAGAUGGAAAGUCUUGUUACACUGAAUCUCAGAGAUUGUCUAGAGCUCAAGAGUCUUCCAGAGGAAACCAAUCUGAAGUCUCUGAAGACUCUUAUCCUCAGUGGUUGUUCAAAACUCAUUAACUUUCCAACUAUAUCAGAAAACAUAGAAUCUCUAUAUUUGGAUGGCACAGCGGUAGAAAGAGUUCCUGAAUCCAUAGGUUAUCUCCGAAACCUUGCUGUGCUAAAUCUGAAGAAGUGUUGCAGCUUGAUGAGUCUUCCUGACAAUUUUUGCAAGCUGAAAUCUCUGAAAAAACUGAUUCUCUCUGGUUGUUCAAGGCUAGAGAGUUUUCCGGACAUCAAUGAAGACAUGGGUAGCUUAGAGAUUCUGCUCAUGGAUGAGACUGCCGUCAAUCAAAUUCCCAGAAAAAUGCAUAUGAGCAAUCUCAAGCUGUUCUCAUUUGGUGGAUCUAAAGUCCAGGAUCUCACAUGUUUGGAAUUGCUUCCUUUCUCUGGCUGCUCUGGGUUAUCAGAAAUGUAUCUCACAGAUUGUAAUCUGUACAAUUUGCCAGAAAACUUUAGCUGCUGCUUAUCCUUCCUGCAGUCUUUAUGCUUGAGCAGAAACAAUAUCAAGAAUCUACCUGGAAGCAUCAAGAAACUUCAUCAUCUAAAGUCCCUUUACUUGAAGCAUUGUGAAAAGCUCAUUUCUCUCCCAGUGCUUCCAUCAAAUCUGCAGUACAUGGAUGCUCAUGGCUGUACCUCACUUGAAACAGUAGCAAAACCCAUGACGCUUAUUGUAGUAGCUGAGAGGACCCAUUCUACUUUCGUCUUCACUGAUUGUUUCAAGCUAAACCAAGAUGCACAAGAAAAUAUUAUGGCUCAUACUCAACUCAAGAGUCAAAUACUGGUGAAUGCAUCUCUUCAACGUAAUCAUAAGGGAUUAGUUUUGGCACCUCUGUCUAGUGUAACUUUUCCCGGAAACGAUUUGCCAUUAUGGUUCCGCCAUCAGAGAAUGGGAUCUUCCAUGGAAAUUGACCUGCCUCCACACUGGUGUGACAAUAAAUUCAUUGGACUUUCUCUCUGCGUAGUUGUCUCGUUCAAGAACUAUGAAGACAAAACCAGCCGUUUCUCAGUGAUAUGCAAGUGCGAGUUCAAACUAAAUGAUGAUGAUUGCAUCAGCUUUACUUGCAGACUUGGGGGACGGAAAGAGCAAUUUGGAUCAUCUAGCCUCAAGGAAGAACCAAGAAGACUCGACUCUGAUCAUGUCUUCAUCAGCCAAAACAGCUGCUUCCAUGCCAAGAAAGAGCAUGGUCUCAACCGAUGUUGCAACACGACCGCCUCAUUCAAAUUCUAUGUUGUUGAUGGUGUAGAUUGCUGUGAAGUGGUGAAAUGUGGGAUGAGCUUGUUGUAUGCCCCGGAUGAGAAUGAUUAUAUGUUUCAGGAAUUACAGGAGAGUAACCUCGAGAAAGCGGUAUCAUCUGGAAAAGAAACAGAUCUAAAUGCAACCGCUAUAGAUCAUGAAGCUGCUAUGUCCAAGAGAGGCCGUAAUUAUCUACAAGAAGAAGAGCAACUGAACGGGAAAAGAUUACGUUUUUCCAACAAAGUCUAAUCUCUUGGAAUAACUAAUUGUAUAAAAAGCUGAUUUCAGAUGGAGAACGAUCACAUCUUAACUCUAUCUCUUAAGUGAAAUGCUGAGACAGAGUUUAUAGGAUUUAUGGAGUUCAAUUCAAGAGGUUUAUUUAAGUA